AUGGACGACGAAGGAUAUGUCGAAGACACCGACAACGACAAUCACAACUCUCCACUCUACCUCGACCAGUUUCGUCACCAUCUAUCCCAACUACAAGCACAUAUAAAUGGCUGUGAGCCGUUGCAACCAAAUUAUAUCUCGCCGACAGGAUAUUGGACACCCUCGGAGAAGGAUGUUUUCUUCCAUGCAUUGUCUGUAUACUCUACACUACGGCCGGAUCUCAUUGCGGCACGUCUCUCACACAAAUCUGUUGUCGAUGUAUGCGCAUAUAUCGACCUCCUUGCCGCGGCGUCCACGAAGGACCAAAAUCGCUUGUUACGACGCGAUCUUAACAUUUCUAUGGAAGUCUCGGAGGACUGGAUUCAUCUGGAAGAGGUAGAGGGAGCACUGUUGAGCAUGCAUGAAGGGUCAUGGGAUACUGCGACGCAACGCAGGGCGAACCGGGAAUUCCUGCAUCAAGAGGAGACACCGUUAUUUGGUAUCAAUUCAGACCAACGCCACCCUUUAUGCGACGAGUUCGACUCUUGGAAGCGCUCACAGGAGGCUUUCUGGGCCAGACUGGAUGCCCUGAAAUGCAUGACCCCCAAGCAGUUGACUGUCCUGGACAGCAUUCUUAGAGACGAUGACACCCAACUUUCUGUCACGACGGAACCAGUAGGAGACACGAUUUCUCUGCAACAGAUUAAACCUGUUCAAACAGAGCCUUCCACACCGCCUGGGAUGCCUGUAGCUGUCGUGGGCACGAGUCACACGAAUGAUCUUACUAUUGACCCCAUUCUAAUUGCACAAUCUGCGACCAUGAUGGCCAAUAACGUUGCAGGGCAGUCGCCUACAACAAUUGCGUUGUCAUCAUUUACCCCACCGCCCCCCUCGCUGGAAUCACCCUCGCCUUCUGUUGAACCUACUCCAGACCUAUCUCAGCUCUCACCGAAAUCUCGACGGCAGCACCAGAAACGUCUGUACAUGAGACGGAAGCGGGCCGAGGUGCACGGGGGAGAUGUGGUCCAUAACAUUGGGAAGCUUCGUCCUGGCCGAAAGCAAAAGCCAAUACCCCCGAAGAAGCGAAAGAAAAGAGCUGCGGAGGAGAAGCUGAGUAACGAGUAUAUUCAAUCUGGGGAAGAAACUUGCCAUGAUGAAGCACAAGGGCAACUGAGCAAUAAAGAUCAUGUGAAGCCCAUGCAAGGAAGAGAUGGUCCAUGCGUCCCUAGCAUUCAGACAUCGGGAAACACGAGAGGUGUGGAGCAACAAGGUGAUGUAGAAGCUGAAAUCAGAGUCGCGGAGACCGACUUUCACCAUCGUCGUGCUUCAGGGAAAACGGAAACGGCAAAGUUCAAGCAGCUUCUUGACGAACGUGGUGUAAAUGCUGCUUUUCUCCGUCAGGUUGAUCUAGGCCUCCUGAACGUCUCUCCGCUAGGCAGGCUCAUGAAGAUGUACAAGUCUGCGUAUGAAGGUCCAACAGAUCACCCCACAGUAAACACGACUAUAGCAGCUGAUACGUUUCGCCUGUUGCAUGCGAUCAUCGUGGAUUUUACGACCGAUGUCAUCCAUCGGUCUAUUGUCUACCGAGAACAAGAUAAUCUUCUCAAAGCCAAUAAGAAAGUAUGGAAGGGCGAUAAACACGAUGUUUUGCCUCAGCACAUCAAAUAUGCAUUACAUAUGAUGGGGAUGCCAUAUUUAUUGAACUUGGAGCCCUCUUCCGAAGGCGAUGAGGAUGCGAUUGACGCGGGGAAGGACAAAAACGAGCUGACCACUGAAUCAGAGUCGUUAUCCAAUGAAGCUGGCAAGAAGGCUGUGGAAGAGGACGACGAGGAAGAAGAUUCGGUUGGCGAUUCGGAAGGAUCAAUUGGAUGGGACGAACAAGAGGAUUCCAUGACUUUACGUUUGUAUCACGAAAUGAAUCCAGCAGUCAUUCGUUUACCGUCACACUUGGAUUCAUCUUCGGAGGAUAUACUUAUGUCGUCUGACACGGACGAAGAGCUGUUAAUGGAAGAGCUGGAAGAGGAAUUUGAUCUAGACGAGCAGGAUGCACUGUUAGAACACAGGUACGAGCAGGAUCUAUGGGAUAUGGGUUUUCAGCCAAUAGGAUAA